AUGGUAAAGAAGGUGGCGAUGCUAGUGAAGCUAAACUAAGCUUAGUCCUCUACAGUAGUGAGGCAGACAUAUGACAGAUGACAACACUGUUUCCUGUCCCGUGUGUGUGUGUGUGUGCUAGUGUGUUAGAGAAUGUUAAUGUCAGUGUAACUCUGUGAGGCUCAGUAGAAGGAAUCGUCUUGUCUCAUCAACAUUGCCAAUCAGAUGUAAGGGAGGGGUCAACGCACCAUAUAAGACCGUUAAAGCUUGCACAGGAUCAGUUCUGGUGAGGACCUGAGAAAGGGAGCGACAAACAUCGGAUGAUCAAGUACUGAAACCCAGAGAGAAAAUGAGAUUUCUAUUGGGAUUAUUACUUUUGGUGGCUCCAUCUCCAUCAGCUGCAGAAAAAGAAGAAGAAAAGGUGGCUUUUGCACAGAUAGGAAACUCAGUCACUCUUCCCAGGACCAUUUGGGGGGCACAAGACAAAAUUCAUGUCAACUGGAACUUUAAGAAUGAAUUAUUGAUUAGUAGGAACCCGACAUCAUCUGGUACAAAAGCAGUGCCACAAAAGUGGCAAGGGCGACUCUCUCUUUCACCAGACUAUUCUCUCAUCAUUUUAAAUUUUAAUGAGACUGACUUUGGAAUGUUCCAGUGUGAGCAGCAUGAACUUUUAAGGCAAUUUAAAACCACAUAUAAACUCUAUGAAGUAAAAAUGUCUCAACAGAAACCACUGCUUGCUGGUUCCACUCUCAAUCUCUUCUGUGAAAUCGAAAAAGACGGAUUAAAGCAUGUGCGGUCCACUAAUUGGUUAGGGCCUGAUAAUGAACCUUAUAAUGGAAGGCCAAGUGGGAACACAAACAGUCUCAAGGUGACUAAUGCCUCUAGAAUUCACAGUGGAAAGUGGACUUGUGCAGUGAGCUAUGGUGAUGGCAUGGUGUUCAAUGCCAUGACUGAAGUCACCAUUGUAGAUCUCGCCCCCUCUCCAUCAGAUCCCAUCUACACCUCUGUUUCUGCCACUGAUUUCUCCAUACCUUGUUCUUUGUCCUCAAAAAUUCCCUGGUCUGUAGUAAAAGGCUUUGAGGUGAGUGAAGGUAGCUGGAACUUUACUCCAGUUGACGGUUCCUCGUCCAGACGCCUUCUCGAAUUACAUCCAGAUUCGCUUGCCUGGAAGGUCGUCAAUGACAUGGACAGCUCACUCAAGGGGACUGAGGUUAAAAAUCACGUGCUUGAUAUGAAGAUUUCCAAGGUGUCUAUAAAAGACAGGGGGACGUACACCUGCAGUCUGAAGUUUAAAUCAAUUACUCUCAGCAGAAGCGUGACGGUAGAGGUGCUGCAAGUUGCUUCAUCAGGAAGUAAAGUUGUAUAUGAAGGUGACCCAGUGAACUUGACGUGCAGUCUGGGUCAUUCCAUGAUCCCUGACUUGGAAGUAAAUUGGAUACCACCUUAUAGUUUAUCUUUGUCAAAUCACAGCUAUCCACAUACCACAGUUCUGUCAUUCCCUGAAUCAAAUGUGAAAAACAGUGGGCGAUGGACAUGUCAGCUCAAAAAGAAUGGCACAGUGCUUACAUCAGCUUCAGUCAGUAUAAAAAUUGUGAAAGCUCCAGUAAAUGUUUGGCUUGUUGUAGCUAUUGUUGGAGGUGUUCUGGUGUUUGUCUUACUUGCUGCAAUAACUGUCAUCAUCUUUCGUAGGCGCAGAAAGGUGAUGAAGUACACAAGGCGUAAGAGGAAAUUCUGCCGGUGUAAAAACAACUACGCUGUUUUGCCUGAAGUCGUCGUUAAAUUUCAUCCACAGCCCAAAGGGUUCUACAAGACCUGAACAUAGCCUACUCCUGAACAAAGUCAUCUGCUGACCUGAAAAAGCUUGAUUUCCACAAACAAAGGACACUGAGCUGGAGUUUAAAAUAAAUAAAUACAUGGACAAAAUAAAAAUAUAUAUGGUGGCAAUUUAAAUGUAAUGUUAUAAGUAUCAGCUACUAAAAAUACUGUAUAAAAACAAGUAGAGAAAUGUCAUGUAAAUGCACUUCCUUUACUGCUGUAAAUAGAUAAAAGUUUGCUCUAAGAUGUGCCUAAUGUACUAUGGUACUGAGACAGUACCUAAUUAUAGUAUGAUAAACAUUCAUUGAAUAUUAUACUAUCCUAUAAUCAAUAUUUUAUAUUUGAGACUAUAAAUAUCAUUUAUAGCUAGGCUUACGAACUUAUACUGUACAUGCAGCAUAUGUGCUUAGCUAAUGUUAUUAUUGAUUAUAUGAUUAUUUAGCUAAACUGAGAGCAGUCUGUACUGUAUAUGUAUUUGUGAGAAACUGUUUAGUAACAUAUUUUGUGUAAAUAACUUUUUAUUUUAUUAACAUUAAUUCAAUAUGUAUAAAAAUGAUCACUUUUAAUAAAUUUGGUGAA